UAGCGGCGGCUGAGAGCGCAGGCGGCAGCUGACAGGCGCUUUUCUUCAGACGGCUGCGGCUGGAGCCCAGCGAAGCGGGCGGCCUCCAGCUCGCGUCCCCGUGUCCCGGCCCGCGAAGUCCCAGGGCGCCGGGGCAUGGAAGAGGGGAAGAUGGACGAGAAUGAAUGGGGUUACCACGGCGAAGGCAACAAGAGCCUUGUGGUGGCCCACGCGCAGCGCUGUGUAGUUCUGCGUUUUCUGAAGUUUCCUCCAAAUAAGAAGAAGACCUCAGAAGAGAUACUUCAGCAUCUGCAGAACAUAGUGGACUUUGGCAAAAAUGUCAUGAAAGACUUUUUGGGGGAGAACUAUGUUCAUUGUGGGGAAGUUGUUCAGCUGCCUUUAGAGUUUGUGAAACAACUAUGCUUAAAAAUACAGUGUGAAAGACCAGAGUCUCGUUGUGACAAGGACCUGGACACACUCAGUGGUUAUGCUAUGUGCCUUCCCAAUUUAACUAGACUUCAGACCUACCACUUUGUGGAGCACCGGCCGAUUCUGUGUGUAGAGAUUAAGCCAAAAUGUGGGUUUAUUCCUUUCUCAAAUGAUGUUACCCACGAGAUGAAACACAAGGUGUGCCGAUACUGCAUGCACCAGCACCUCAAGGUAGCAACUGGAAAGUGGAAGAAAAUAAGUAAAUACUGUCCCCUUGACCUCUACUCAGGAAACAAGCAGCGCAUGCACUUUGCCUUGAAGAGUCUGCUGCAGGAGGCGCAGAACAAUCUGAGGAUAUUUAAGAAUGGCGAGCUGAUUUAUGGUUGUGGUGAUGCCCGGAGCCCUGCGGCUGACUUGAAGGAGCUUGCGCACCACUUGAAGCCCUUCUUCUUCCCUUCCAAUGGCUUGGCCAGUGGGCCUCACUGCACGAGGGCCGUGAUCCGGGAGCUGGUGCGUGUUAUCACGAGGGUACUGCUGAGCAGCUCAGACAAAGGCCGAGCAGGUGCCCUGAGGCAUGGGCUCCAGGGCCCACGUGUCUGUGAAGCCAGCCCUUUCAGCAGGAGCCUACAUCACCAAGGAAAAAACACCCCAGAGCACUCGGGGUUACCGAAGGGCUGUCUUCUAUACAAAACCCUCCAGGUACAGAUGUUGGACCAGAUGGACAUCGAAGGCCUCUACCCUCUAUACAACCGGGUUGAGCGCUACCUGGAGGAGUUUCCUGAGGAGAGGAAAACAUUACAGAUAGAUGGGCCUUAUGAUGAAGUAUUUUACCAGAAGCUGCUUGAUCUGUCUACUGAAGAUGAUGGGACAGUGGCCUUUGCAUUAAGGAAGGUGCAGCAGUACCGGGUAGCUAUGACCGCCAAGGACUGUUCCAUCAUGAUCACACUCUCCCCUUAUUUACAGGGCACAAGCUCUGACCAGAGGCCUGUUAUCCCUUCAUCAAGGUCCCGGUUGGCCUUCUCUGUGUCUGUACUGGACCUCGACCUCAAGCCCUAUGAGAGCAUUCCUCACCAGUAUAAACUGGACAGCAAGAUCGUCAACUAUUACUCAAAGACUGUGCAUGCCAAAGAUGACACUGUGAGGUCGACUCGGUUCAAGGAACAUGAAGAUUGCACAUUAGUUCUCCACAAGGUCUAACUUUUUCCUCUGCGGUGUCUUUGAAACUUGAAUGUGAAAGUUGAAUGACAGAGCUAUUUUUGGUUGUGUUGGGUGACUUGGCUGUGAAUGUUUUUGCUUUUAACCCCUGCUGAGGUUAGACUGCCUCUCAGAGACAAGGAAUUGAAGAGCACUAGAGUCUUCUAGGACAAGGAAUGUAGGACGUGAGUGCUGUGUCCCAGCAAGCCAUCUGUUUUCUUAGAGUGGAAGUGUCCGUUAAACCCAGGAAAACACCCUGGAUAGUUCUUCCAAGCAGAGCUCACGUCUAAUUCUCUAAUGCAAAAAGCCUUAUUAUUAAGACCCAAGGUUUGGAUCUCCUACCACCAGACUCUUGACAUAAAAAACUUGAAUUGUCACGAGUAUCUUACCGUUUGGAUUUUCAAGAAAACAUGGAUACUACUGGAACUUUCCCAGCUGUUAACUGGUUACAUUUUCAAUGCAAAUCACACAUCAACACAGGCAUUGGGUAGUUCCUUGCUGCAGAGCGGUCAGGGGUUAGUGCGGACAUCGGUUCUGAGUGGUUUAGACUCAGGUCCCUGUGGAGGUACUGAAGGCCAUGGCUUUGAAAAGGGGCAGCAGCAGGGAACAUAAGACUCAGGUCAGGAUGGACACCACUUACAUGAGCAUUGCUUUUUUGUUGUUGUUUUUAAAUUCCUCAUUAUGAUUUUAACUCUAGGGGGAGCUGAGGCAUUCUUUCCUACCUGAAAUUGCUGCUGUAGAGGCUGGAAGCAGAGCUGUAACUCAGAGCUGCUGUGGUUGGCUGGGUGGGUGUGCCUGACAGCCUGGAUUCUCCUGGCACUCUGGUGUCUUGGGUGGUUGAAGAACAAGGUUCCCUUCCUCCUAAACCACAUUCAUCCUGGGGUUAGCUCUGGGACAUGUUGGGUAUGUGGGUCUAGGGCCUUGCUGUUUUCAUCAGGGCUAUAGAAGGCUCCUGGCUGGCACUGAGGAUUCUUAUUAGGGUCACCAAAAGUGUGCCUGGCUGCUAUGAAAUCAUUGGGAGUUUUGGCUUCAUUUUUUUUAUCCUAUGGUAGGCUGUACAGACUGAUUAUUUAUAUCAUCCUUUUGAGAGACAAAUGAAGGCUUAUUGUAACAUAGUAGUAAAAACCACGGAACUGUAUGAAAAUGCUACGUGAAAAAUGAAGAAAAUAUUUUGCUGAUUGUAAAUUUUUGUGGGAAAUUUUGUGAUAAUUUGAGAAUUAUACUUGUUUGAUCAAGCGACCUCCUAUAGAAUUUAUUAAAUUCUGUCCUAAUAUUCUAACUAUUGAAGACUCAGGUAAAGACACUUGUACUUUUGGAUCCUUGGCUUUCUUUUGACUGGUUGUAUGCUGGGAUAUGUGCUUAUAGCCUUCACUUGAGUCAUGUGCUUGAAGGUCAUGUUCUUAUGACUCUAGAUGUGCAGGGGAAAGCAGCCUUCAGUUUUGUUUUGACGCAGUGUUGACUGGUUUGGAGGUAGACUAGCCAUGUGUAUGUGUGCAUGUGUGUGGUGGAGGUGUUAUGCCUGAAACCUCAGUACUGAUCUCAGGGUGGGUCCCAGGCUCUCAGGGCACGAAACUUUUACUGCUGAAACACUAGUCUCUCUUGGAGAAUUACUAUUUAGCAAGAGGCUAAAGAUAGGUGGAUAGAAACAAACAACCUCUCCUGGGGAUAAAGAACAUGGAAGGAGCACCUUGCUGAUGUAAAAACUUAACCAUGUUCUUUUUUACUUGCUUCUUUUUCUUUUCUUUUCUUCUGGCCUCGAACUCACAGAGAUCCACCUGCCUCUGCCUCCCGAGUGCUGGGAUUAAAGGCAUGGGCCACCACUGCCCGUUUAUUUAUUUAUUUUUUUUUGAGACAGGGUUUCUUUGUAUAACAGUCCUAGCUGUCCUAGAACUUGCUUUGUAGACCAGGAUGGCCUUGAACUCACAGAUCUGUAACUGGAGUGUCUCUCCUGUCUACCAGUUCCCUAAUAACCACUCUUGUAGUGGGAGCUGCGGGCCUGCUUUUCGUCCCGCCCAGCUCCCGCCCGGCUAGCUUUACACCAGAAAUAACAACACA